AUGAAGCCAGCUAACGGGAGGGUCCAGUCCGGAGCGGCCUCAGCCGACACCGAGUGCGGCGGCAACUUGGCUGCCGCCUACACCGAGGGCGGCGGGGCACUGGCUGCCGCUGGGCGGGCCCAGCGCCGUCUCGGCCUCAGGGAAAGGCCAGCGCGCACCGAGAGAAAUCCGGUCUCUGCCGACGGCGAAGACCGCCGGGCCCUCGCCGCCGCAGACGAGAAGUUCGGACGCUCCACGGGACAUUCGGCCCCAGCCGACAUGGAGGGCCGCCGGUCCUUCACUGCCGUCGAACGGGAUAGGUUUGGCUGCAGCCUCGGCCGGAAGCAAGGGGGCUCCGCAGGAUACCUGGCCCCAGCCGACAUGGAGGGCCGCCGGGCCUUCGCCGCCGUCGAGCGGGACCAGCCCGGCCGUAGUCUCGGCCGGAAGCCAGCACGUGCCGCGAGCCAUCCAGUCUCGGCCGGCUAG